AUGAACCAAUCAUGUAUGGGUCACUGUAACCCAGCAAAAAUGUACGGCGAUACAUACCAGUACUUAAGCGAAAACCUUAUGCAGCCUGUUGUAAAUGAAGUGUAUAAUGAUUUAAAAACGAUCACACCAGCUAACACGAUAAUGAAUAACCAGAGUGUUAAUGCGAUGUCUGCAUCACAAGGACAAACCAAUACGCAGCUCACGCAAAAUAAAGACAGCAGAAAUCUUGAAAUUACCCCUAACAGCAACCAAAGUUUUAAUUUAAAUCCAAGAAUGGAAGGUCAUAUGAACGGGAUGGGCCCUCACCUAGUAAAUAUGAUGAUGAGUGGAAACAAAAUGAAAGCAAACAACAUACAAGGGGAAACAGGUUCCUUAACGCAGCCCAUGGUUAUUGAUGCGCCUCAAUCACCUCAUGGAAAAGUGGGAGUUAUGCCGUUACCUGUCCAAACGAACAUGUAUCAAGGUGGUGAUAGACAAGUGCACACGUUUAAUCAACACCAUGACAAUAAUCAAGGGAAUUUAGGUAACCAAAUGCAAGGUGCAAAUCAAAAUAAAUUAUCAAUGCCAAAUGUGAAUUCCAAUUAUAGGGUUCAACCAAUGGCGCCACAUCCGAAGCAUUUUGGACAACAUACCCAAGGUAUUGCUAAAUUUAAUGAGAUGUUCCCUGGUGUAACGCAAAAUUUAGGCGGGGAUUUAGGUUUUGAUCCUAUGGCAAUAGCUGUACAAAUGAAUCCUGCCAAUCAAAAACGAGCUGCCUUUGAUACAAUGCAUAGGAUAAUGAAUAAUAAUAAUUCGGGAGUAAAUAGUAAUUUUAAUCCAACACAAACAGAACAACAACCUGUUGUAGAGACGGGGUCAGAAGUAACACAUAUGUUUGCUACUAAUUUAGCGCCAUCAAAUGUAAAUCCAAAUCAUGUAUACCAAAAUAACAUUUCCAAGCCCUUAAAUGAUCAUAUGGUUACAAAUAAGCAGAUCAUACAAAACGAGGACCAGUCAAAUUAUUCGUAUAAUGAAGGAAUCAAAUCAUAUCCACAAGCUUGUGAGACGCUGACAUCAACUUCAGGAAUUCAUCAACAACCAGGGCAACAGCAACAACAAUUACAAGGGCUUGAUCAACAAUAUAUGCAACAACAACAAAUGACAAAUAAUUUGAUAGAUCCAAAUGCUGAUGCACCGAAUAAUCUUUUAUCAAAAAAUAAAGAAAUGCAAAAUACGCCUACAAUUCAGAUGCAACAACUGAUGUUAAAUUCACGACCUUUAUCAGAGUCUGUUCCAAUGCCUAACACACCGCAGAAAAUAGUGAAAGAACCGGUUUUCCCAGCUUCUACUUCUCAAAAUCAACCUAUGUCGCAUCUAAAGCAGCCAGUAAGCUAUACAUACAAUACUUUAGGCCAACCAAUUGAAAUGCUACCAGCAGAGAUUUAUCACACUAAAGAUCCAGGCGGCCCUCAAACGUUAUCCCCUCUUGACAUCCCCUCAAAACCCAAGGAUCCUAAAAUAUUUAGCAACGUUAAAUCAACUGUGAGCAAGACUUCAAUAAUGGGAAAUCGCUCCAUCGGGAAAUAUCCAAGCAGAAGUCAAUUACAAAAUACCCAUAAGCAGUAUAAAGGCUCUCAGUCUCUUACAAAUCACAAUAUCUCAGGUUAUAAGGAAGGAGCUUCUUAUUCACAAGAUCAAUUUAAAAUUCCUCAACAAAGAACAGAAAGAGUUGCACCCAAUCCUCAAAUAGUAGAAAAAAUUGGAGGUGAUACAUUACUGGAUGCUGAAAGUAAUCAAAAUUCACAAAGAAAAACAGAAAAAUUACCAGAUCUAAUUGGCGAUGUUCCUCACAGUAAUCAAAUCCAGGAUAAUGGAAUGCCAGAAUCGAUGUCAAUAAGAAAACCCAAAGCUAGAAAUGGCUUGCAAGAUAUGGUUUAUACAUCGUAUCCUUCUUCAGCUGCUUGGUCUUUCCACGGCCAUACUCGGCCACCUCUUUCAGUUGGAGGUCGUGUUAAAACUAGAUUUUGA